CUCUUCGGCGGAGGCAGGAGAGCCGCUGCGAGCGCGGAGAGUGCCCGUGCCCGUGCCCGUGCCCGUGCCCGUGCCGCCGCCGCCGCCGCCGGGAAGCGGGCAGGAGCGCGCGCUGCGCAUCCGAAGCCGCCUCCCUCCCUGCCUCCCUCCUUCCCUCCCUGGCGUCCCUGCCUCGCCUCGCCUCGCCUCGCCUCGCUCGCCUCCGAGAUGGCCGAGCAGCCCGGCCGCCGCGGCCGCCGCCUCGCGCUCCUCCUCGCCGUCGCCGUCGCCGUCCUGAGCGGGAGAGGAUAUGCCAAUGACUCAGACUUGGCUUUAGAAGAUGCCCUGGAUGGUGGCCUUCCAACAAAGCGACCCACUCACAAGCCCCCCAAGAAGACUUCUGGUGGAACAGGCGAAUUGGAUUUGCUGGACUUCUUUGACACCCCUCCAGAACGAACAACAAAACCAGCAAAGGCGACCACUGGGACCUAUCCAAGGAAACCAGAUGAUGGCCGUUGGAAUGUUCUGCACACCACCACCACCACCACCAAGCAGCCCAAAACUACCAAGCCACCUCCAAAAAAGCCUGCAGCAAAUGAUCCAAUGGAUUUCAACUUAGCUGAUGCUCUGGAUGACCAAAAUGAUGGGCAAGGUGGUAGAGCUCCUAACGUCAAUCCUGGUCGAGGCUCCAAAGGUAGAGGUGGAAGAGGUGGAAAACCUGGUAUUUCAGAUACUGACCUGCGUGAUAUCCUAGAUGAGGGAGGUUACAAGCCAGAUAAGAAGAAAGGAGGCGGUGGUGGUGCUGGUGGUGGUGACAACAAUUACAAUGAUGGGGCUCUGGUGGAGACGGGGACAAUCGCCGGCAUCGUCAGCGGCCUCGCCAUGGCCCUGAUCGGUGCUGUGAGCAGCUACAUCUCGUACCAGCAAAAGAAGUUCUGCUUCAGCAUACAGCAGGGUCUGAACGCAGAGUAUGUGAAAGGAGAAAACAUGGAAGCUGUGGUGACCGAGGAACCACAAGUUAAAUAUUCUGUCCUCGAGCCGCAGUCGGCAGAACCUCCUCCGCCGCAAGAAAACGCAAAAGUCUGAUCCCAGGUCUGGGCUGGAAAAGAAUCAGUGGCAACAUAGACACACACACACACACACACACACACACGCUUCUCACUCGCUUGUAAUUUAGCUUUUUACAAAUGUUUGAUUUGGAUCCAAAGCUAUUUAAUGUGCGUUCUUCUGUCUAGGACGAGCUUCUUAUUGUGGUAGACUAUAGGCUGGUUGAAAUGUUUUCCUGGUUUUGCUUUCUUUUUCUGUGAAGGGUUGUAGGUUUACAUUGACUUGGUCAUGUAGGAGUUUUGUCAGGUUAAAUACAAAAUGCAAGGGGUGCUUCAGAGUGAUGUUUCAUAGUAGAGGUAGAGAAUUUCAUGAACAAAAAAAAGCAGCUGGGUUAGUGACUGCAGGUGUGAGAACAGAUGAAGUGCCUGUAAAUUAACAAUCCAAAGCAAACCAUUUCAAAAACCUUCAGCUGAAUUUUGGCUGUCGGCAUAAGUGUGCAGCUUGCACUGACAGCAGUGCAAGUUACGUGGGCGUUGGAGGGUGGAGUUAGCCCUUUAAGUAGCUACACCUCAGACAUACCAAGUGCCUGUUACCCUGUACAACUGGGCUUCACUACAGCUAUAAGCAACCUUCUUUUCGCCAGCAGAAUCCUAUGCAGGUGGUAGUAUGUAUGUAUGCAGUGUUUCCUCUUACAAAAUCCCGGGAGGUCUCCUGAGGCCAGAAUCAACCGUUGACAAGCUUUCGUGCUGGCCCUGGAAAAGACAGCGUUCCCCACUGGGUACAAUUCCGUCGAUUUGGGCAGAGGGGAUGGGUUCUUGAUGGUGUUCUCGCUUGCUCCGGGUUCAAGAGCACACUCACAAUGCUUAGAAAUCACAAACUGCAAGCCUAACUCAAGCGGGUUGGUGCUCUGGGCGAGCGGAGAUGGGUUGGGCUUGGAUGGUCGGUCUGUCUCUCUCUCUCUCUCUCUCUC